AUUUGAAAAAAAAUUUUUUUAAUACAAAUUCCUUAAUGUUAAAAACUUGCAUUUCAGUUUAUUUUAAUUUCAUGCAAUACAUGGUAAGAAAGGAUAAUCUAUUUUCAUAUUUAGAAUAUAAGGUCAUUGAGUUAUCAUUAUGAAUUAUUGUAAUCAGUCACCCAAGUGUUUUCACCGAAUUGAUUGAUUAAUUAAUUUUGUUUGUUUAACACCCAGUGUUAUUCAUAAUGAUUCUUGUUUUGUUUACUUUUAGACAUGUUCACACACAUUGUUCAGAUACAACACAUGAACCAGAGGCGACGUCAGGGUGUCUAAAGUUUUUGAACGUGAACACGUCGUUCAUCAUAAUCACUAAAAUUUAUGGUUUGAUUUUUUAUAUUUGGUAUUUGUUUUCGGUACCAUGGCAACAGCUCGGCGGAAACCCGUUGUCGUCGUAGUAGCUUUAGAUUUUGGAACAACAUAUUCAGGCUACGCUUUCUCUUCUGUCAAAGAUUACAAGACAAGCAAACUUAAUAUAACAAUUCAGCCAUGGAAUUCUGGGGAAAAUCGACUUGCUUCGUUCAAAACACCAACAAGUUUAUUGCUGAAAAGGAAUGGUGAUUUUGUGUCCUAUGGCUACAUAGCAGAAAAAGCAUACGAAAAUAAAUUACUGGACAAAACCGCUGAUAAACAUGAGUUCUUGUAUUUCCGUCAAUUCAAAAUGGAAUUGUAUACCAGAAAAGCUCAUUCCAAUAUGAAAUUGAAAGAUAUCCACGGAAUAGAACAUUCAGCAAUAGAUGUGUUUACACAGUCGAUCAUGGCUUUAAGACAAAGUUGUUUAGAUACUCUUAUAGAUCAAGGUUAUGAGCUCGAUGAAGAUGAGAUAAAAUGGUGCCUGACAGUUCCUGCGAUAUGGACAGACGAGGCCAAAAUCUUCAUGCGAACAUCAUGUGAGCAGGCCGGAAUACCUUCUUAUAGAUUAGUUAUCGCACUUGAACCUGAGGUAGCGUCUCUCUAUUGUCAAGUUUGGUGCGCAGAAGGUGAAGCGAAAAGCGCUCUUCGUCCACAUACAAAAUGUUUGGUAGUUGAUUUAGGAGGGGGAACAGCUGACAUCAGUGGUCAUGAAAUUCUUAAAAAGGGUCUCUUCAAAGAGAUAUGCAAAUCGACAGGUAAUGAUUGUGGCGGGACAUGUGUUGACAAAGAAUUCUUUAAUGUUCUUCAUAGCAUUCUUGGAGCAGAUCGCAUGGACACAUUCAAGACCAAAUAUGAAACAGAGUAUCUUGACUUGCAGCAUUCAUUUGAAUCUGCCAAAAGAAUUAUUACAAGAAAUGAGACGGAUAAAGUAAAUGUUCAAAUUCCGAUCUCGGCCCUGGACAAAAUAUGUGGUGAUGAUGGCUUUCUGAAAAUAGUGCAAAAUUCAGAACAUUCGGAAAGGAUAACGAUUGAAAGCGGGAAAAUGCGUUUGAUUCCUGAUUUUGCUAGAUCAUUAUUCAAUAAAUCUAGUGAAAGCGUAAUCUUAAAAAUAGAGAGUGUUCUCGAUCAAAAUGAGGCGAAAAAUAUUUCUGUUCUUCUGCUCGUUGGUGGAUUUUCAGAGAGCGAAACUGUUCAAGACAAAAUAAAGGAAAAGUUUUCUAAGAAAACCGUGAUCAUUCCCAAAGAUCCAACCUUAGCCGUUUUGAAGGGAGCUGUUCUCUUCGGACACCAGCCGGAUGUUGUAACAACUAGAAUAACACAGUUUGCAUAUGGAAGAAAAAUAAAGCCGAUCUUCGACAAAAAGCAACACGAGGAAAGAAAGCGCGUGCUGGUAGACGGUGAAAUGAGGUGUGAUGGAGUUUUUGAACUUCUGGUGAAAUCUGGAAGUUCCGUUCCAAUUGGGAAAAAUAUUACAAAACUUUAUCACACUAUAAAAAAGAAUCAGGAGAAAAUUCGUGUUGCUUUGUACAAAUCGUGCAACGACGACACAAAGUACAUAGACGACGAAGAUUGUAGCUUGGUAGGGGAAUGUUUUAUAUCAGUUCCAAAACCAUGUGAACAAAAAAGAACUGUAAAAGUCGAAUUCGAAUUUGGAGACACAGAAAUAUUCAUAACUGCUACUGACAAAAAUACAAAAGAAGUAUCUAAAGAAACAUUCCGUCUAGAAUGAUUCAAGUGAGAUAGCUAAGAUCGAUAUUUCCCUUCUAAAAUGACAUGGUUAAAAUGCAAAUUACUUAUUAUGCGUGUGUUAAUAUCUAGAUAAUAUUUCAUUUAUAAUAACAAUAGUAAAUAAUAAUAAAGUCUACUUAUAUGUAUGUAUGUAGCAUAAUGAUGAGAUUAUUAUUAUUAUGAAUGCACGGUAAGAGUUUUAUAAUGAAUGAUAAUAAGCAGUUCUCUAGUCGCAUUGAUCGUUGACCAAGAAAUAAAAACAAGUUAGUCGAAAGGAAAGUAAAGCUAGUAGCAAUGUCACAGUCAACCAAUCCUAAAGCUAUACCAGUUAGUAAAUGCGAUAGGCAUAAGUCUAUAUAUUGAUUAUUAAAUUUAAUUUCUAGAAAUCACUGUGGUUUCCAAAAUGACUUUAAAGUAAAAACACAAAAAUACUGAACUCAAGGAAAUUCAAAAUGGAAAAUCCUUUAUCAAAUUAAACAAUAAAAAGACACAACAUUCUCAAUUUUGACUCCCAAUUAAUUUUAACAGGAGAAGGCUUUAACAUCUUGUCCUGAUUCUUUUUAAAGGAAAAUUACACUCAGUCUGCCAGGCAAAGAAGAAAAAAUAGAUAUUCUGAAUAAAUUCAUUUCACAGUAAAAUUGUUGAAAAAUUUAUUUGCUUAUCACUGAAAAAAAUUCAUGAAACAGACCA